AUGAAGCACGAUUACCUAGAACCGUUUGUCGUCGAAGCGUCCUCGCGUCAUACACAGACUUGCAUCCUGUUGCAUGGCCGCGGCAGUAACGGACCUAAAUUUGGAGAGGCCCUCUUAGCUUCUCAAACUGCGGAUGGCAGCACACUCAGGGAGAUCUUCCCUUCUAUGAAAUUUAUAUUUCCCACCGCCAAAAAGCGACGAUCCACCAUUCUCAAACGAAUAUCUAUCAAUCAAUGGUUCGAUAACUAUUCGCUGGAAGAUCCUAGCAUGCGGGAGAACCUGCAAGUUGACGGAUUAAGAGAAACGACCGAGGUUGUACAUCAAAUUAUUCGAGAUGAGGUUUCUAGUGGAAUAUCACUGAGUAAUAUCAUUCUUGGAGGGUUGAGUCAAGGUUGUGCUGCAUCAAUUUAUGCUUUGCUCACUAUUGAAGAGAAGUUAGGAGCUUAUAUUGGUAUGAGUGGUUGGUUUCCGUUUGUCAAGUAUGUCAAUGAGAGCCUUCAAGAAAUUGGACAGGAGGCAAAAGGUAGAGCGGACGGCUCUGAUGAAGGAGCAUUCAAUAUCAAUACUCAUGGCUUUGGCUUUGGCAGCUUUGAUAAUGAGGAGCAGAACGAAGAAGAAAGUGGUACCAUAGGAAAAGAAGAUGAAGAAGAUGAAGAAGAUGAAGAAGAGAGCGACGAAGAAGAAGAGAGCGACGAAGAAGAAAGUGAAGAGGAGGAAGAGCGAGAUGAAACCGGCCACGACGAUGGCGAGGCUCCCAUAGGCGCCGGUCAGAAUGAAAAGACCACAACUAGCACUUCGAACUCUACAAAUGCAUCGAAAGCACCAUUAAAAGUUAUAGAGGCGUUGAACUUCCUUAGAGAAAACAUAGACUUCCCUCCUAUAGGUUCUACGGCUGAUAGCUGGCCCUCUCUAAAGACGCCAGCCUUUUUGGGUCAUGGGAGGAGGAUGAGAAGGUGA